UCCAUUCCCACUCGCCCACAGCGAAACAAGAAAAACACCCACAGCGAAAAUGUCUCCUGUCCCAGCUUUCACUCCUACACUAAUCUCCAAAUCCACCGUCUAUCCCACCCAAAAAUCCACCCUCCAAAACCUCAGACUCUCAGUCUCAGACCUUCCAAUGCUCUCCUGCCAAUACAUCCAGAAAGGCGUCUUGCUCACCCGCCCUUCCAUACCGUCGGACGCCCUUAUCACUAUCCUCAGAUGCGGCCUCUCCGAAACCCUCUCCCACUUCCCUCCCCUCGCCGGCCGUCUGACAACCGAUCCCGACGGCCACAUCCACAUCUCCUGCAACGACGCUGGUGUCGACUUCGUCCACGCCACUGUCGGAAACCUGACACUCUUCGAUGUCCUGUACCCUGUCCACGUGCCGGAUUCCGUCAAGGGGUUUUUCUCCUUCGCGUUUGACGGCACCGUCAGUUAUGACGGCCAUUUCCGCCCGUUGCUCGCCGUCCAGGUGACGGAGCUGGCUGACGGCGUCUUCGUCGGCUGCGCCGUUAAUCAUGCUGUCACCGACGGGACGUCGUUCUGGAACUUCUUCAAUGCGUUCGCCGAGGUCUGCAGGGGCGCGAAGUGGAUCUCGAGGCUGCCGGAUUUCAGCCGGAACUUCUUCGGCGAGUCGACGGCGGUGUUGAGGUUCCCGGACGGAGCCCCGACAGCGAUAUUCUCUGGCAACGGACCGUUGCAGGAGCGGAUCUUCCAUUUCAGUAGGGAAUCCAUCCUCGAGCUGAAGUCGCGAGCUAACGGACGUAAACAGCUGGGAGAUAACGGCGUCAACAUGGCGGAGAUUCUGGGAAAGGAAAGCCACGACGAUCCCCGGAUCAGUAACGGAAAGAUAACGUCCGUCUUGCAGAGCCUUCUACGAAGCAGCCUCUGGAAACAUCAAGAUCCGCAGGAUCGAACGGCAGAGAUCUCGUCUUUCCAAGCGCUCUCCGCGCAGCUGUGGCGAUCCAUCACGCGCGCGAGGAAGCUACCUGCAGCUGCCGAUACCACGUUCCGGAUGGCGGUGAACUGUCGCCACAGGAUCGAGCCACGUGUUGAGCCGCUGUACUUCGGGAACGCGAUCCAGAGUAUCCCGACUGUCGCUUCUGUAGGGGAAGUCCUGUCUCGGGACUUGAAGUGGUGCGCGGGCCUUUUAAAUAAGAACAUUGCGGCGCACGGGGACGCUAAGGUGCGCCGGGAGGUGGAGGAUUGGGAGAGAGACCCGAAAUGCUUCCCGCUGGGAAACUUCGACGGGGCGUCCAUCACGAUGGGGAGCUCGACCCGAUUUCCAAUGUACGAUAACGAUUUUGGGUGGGGCCCACCCAUGGCGGUACGUAGCGGUCGGGCGAAUAAGUUCGAUGGGAAGAUAUCGGCGUUUCCGGGUCGGGAAGGAGGUGGGAGCGUGGAGCUGGAGGUAUGCUUGAAGCCCGAUACGAUGCGUGCGCUCGAGGCCGAUACGGAGUUCAUGCAGUACGUUACGAGGAUAGCGUAACGGUACCGGUCAUGUUGGGAGGUGUGACCUCAUCCGAGAAUAGAAGAGUCAUUUGAUCAUCUGUCAGAGUGUGAUAAUCGAUGCACUUGCGCUUAAAUUUGUACACGUGGCAUGCUUGUAAGUUCAAAAUAUGCUGUCCGAUUCGUGGGGCCCACCUUAGGUAGGACAUUAUCCAAACUCAUGUUGAGUGAAUGAACCUGACAGCUCUGAUUAAUGAACUUUUGGUUAUUGGAUAUA